UUUCAAAACUGCCUUAUUCCAUCUUCAUUGUAGCAGUUUGGAGGAGAGCAGACGGGAAGAAGUUGAAGCUAAUCAGAAGGAAUUGGUUGGUAGCAGCGUCCCGUUGGAUAGAUUUUUGAGCUGAAGUUUGGUCCUUAUCUAGAACACAGUGGAUUUGGUGCAGCAUGUCUAUUAAGAAACUCACCAGCCUUAUCAAGAACUCUGUCCCAAACCUUAAUGCCCAGUUUCCAUCUGAAUUGGGUUGUUCAGAGCUUCCAAGGAAGCUUAGAAAGUUUGAGCGUAAGUCAUUGGUGACUAGAAUAACUGAACUUAAGCGCAAAUCCAGAUUGGAGAAGCAAGAGAGAAAUGUGAUUCAAGAAGUACUAUUGCAUCCUCCUGAAAAUGGUCUACUGGUUAAAGAACUUAUUCCAGUUGCUCACGAGGUUUUCUCCGCCAGAUCUUUAUUAUCCGCUAGUGUCUCAAAAGUUGCCCCCACUGUUAUCAUAUAUACAUGCAGAUCGUGUGAAGAAGUUCAUGUGGGUCACCCUCCACAUAAUAUAAAAACAUGCACAAAUAAAGAGCACGACUGGACUAUAGGCGGAAUCGAACAAGUCUUGCCUCUAGUGGAAUCCUUCCAUCUCUAUGACAGGCUGGGGAGAGCCGUUUCUCACGAGGAGCGACUCCAAGUGGAUAGAGUUCCUGCAAUUGUCGAAUUGUGUAUUCAGGCUGGUCUUGAUAUCCCUGAGUACCCGACAAGGAGAAGAUCUUUCCCUGUAUAUCGUGUUGCUGGAAGGAUGUUGGACUUUGAGCGACGAUUUCCCAAAGAAGAUUCAUCGGAGAAAGAUACUACUAGUUUUUUGAACAAAAGAAAGAAGAAUCGUAGAGAAAUGGAGAAGUCCUCAAUGAAAGGGUUUGCGUGUGAAGGAAUGUGGGCAUGGGAGAGAAUGAGGAGAGGAGCUAUGAAGCUGAUGAAUGCGUAUGGUGUUCAGACAUGCGGUUAUUGUUUUGAGGUUCAAGUUGGAUCAAAGGGGCAUAGAGUAAGGGAUUGUCAAAGGUAUAAGCAUCAGAUGAGGGCUGGGCAACAUGCUUGGCAGGAAGCAACCGUAGAUGAUGUUGUUCCUCCUGUUUAUGUUUGGCACGUUAGAGAAGAAGGCCGGUUGAUGGUGGAUGGUUUGAAGAAGUAUUAUGGGAAGUUGCCUGCGGUUGUGGAGUUGUUUGCUCAGGCUGGGGCUCCUGUCGGAGAACAUUAUAGUAGAAUCAUGAGGGAAGAUGUUUCGGUUCCUGAAUUACAUGAAGAACACUUGCUUGUCUGAAUUAUAACUGCUUAUUACAUAGAUUAAUAUUGUUUUU